AUGGAGAGCUUCGGCGCGGAGCUCAAGGAGACGCCGUACCCGCUGAUUGCGGCGCUGGGCUCGCGCGAGCUGCAGGGCAAGGUGCUGCCGCUGGUGCGCGCGGCCAACGAGGAGUUCGUGCCCAAGCUGCACUUCGCGUCGCUGCCGCGCGAGCACCGCUUCCCCGUCAAGAAGGAGCUGCGCGAGAAGCACGGCACGUUCCCCAACCAGACGCAGCGCGACUUCGAGGGCUACCGCACGCAGGGCGUGCUCAAGGCGCGCUGGCUCAAGAAGCACCACGAGCUGCUGCCCGCCGUCGUGCUGCUCUUCGACGAGUUCGACCCGCGCUGGAGCCCGCAGGACUGGCAGCAGCGCGAGACGGCGCUGCGGGAGGAGGUCGAGAAGCUCAAGCGCACGCUGUCAGCUAGGGAGUGCCGAGUGAUGCUCGUGCUGAUGCAGCAGGUGGACGACGCCGGCGUUGCGCCCAUGAACACGACGGAGGAGAGGCUGGCCAACCUGAGGAGGAGGCUGGACACGGACGCCAAGGGCUUGGUGCUGCUCAGGUCCAGGGACCUGGUGAGGGGCUCCAGUGUGCUGCUCAAGCUCGAGUCGUCGGUGCGCAACAUGGCGCUGGACUACUACAAGGCGCAGUCCAAGCGCGUGAAGAGGUACAAGAAGGCGUUGGCCAAGACGCCCGGAUACCAGGCGCUGCACGCGCGGCUGAGCUUCAAGAUCGCGCACUACUACGAGUUCCGGCGCUACACGACCAAGGUGCUGCAGCAUUACGAGGCGUCCUACCGCGCGAUCAUUGCGCUGCCGCUGAAUGAGAACGAGGCGGUGGAUUGCAUCGCCUACACGCAGGUCAUGACGAUGGCGGAGUUCGUCAACUUCAAGCUGUGCUACCACUUGAUCUUCUCGUCCAACAACAUCAAGGGGGCGGUGGACCAGCUGCAGCGCCACAUGGGCGUCUACGCGCGAGCGAUUAUUGUGGCGGACCGAGCGUACGAACACUGGGAGUGGGUCUCGCGCCAGUACCAUGUCUUCGCGCAACUGUUGGCCGAGGCCACUUCCAUUCGCGGCUCCCUUCCGAGCACGGGGCUGGACUCGGACGUGUAUAAAGAGCCGUAUUUAUAUUACUCCAUCGCUGCCAAGUACGCCAUGUUCCGGAGGAAGGCGGCUGCUAAGCUCGGUCUGACCGCAGCGACCACCGUUCCCACCGCUAUUCCCAAUGGUGAGACUUUAUCGGAGCGCGACUUUGUCGUGGUGCCUUCCGUCUUCGUUGGUGGUGACCCGGUGGUCUCUGAAGCGAACGCGGCGUCUCAGGAUCCGUCGGUGGCAGCACUUGUGAAGUAUCGACAUGCUAUGGAGAGGACCGUACCCCACGCCAAACGGUCUAUUGUUUUAUUGGAGCACGCAAUCCAGCACCUGACGAUGUUCGUGGCUGACCGCAACGCGCCGCGAAGUCGGAUGAAAAGCCGAUUGCUGGUACAUUUGGGCACCGAGCGGUUGGCAUCUGGAGAGUACGAGCGCUCGCGCGCCGAGCUACAGAAAGCGAAAGCUACUUUUGCGAUUGAGAACUGCUGGGCACAAACCGCUCAGAUUCUGAAGCAGCUACUUAUUUGCACCUUCCGCCAGGGAGAUACUGCGGCCUACCUGGACUACUCGCUGCAGUUGUUGUCGCCUGUCGUGGAGGAAUUUAUAUCCCCGAAGGAACGUGGCCGUAUCCAGGACUCUUUUCUUACUGCAUGGAGAAACCCGUCUGCACUGGGAGCACCGUUUACUGAGAAUUCGGCGCUUGGCAAUGGACAUGAACUGGCACUCGAUCGAUCUCGGCCUGUGUUCGCUCUAACGGCGCAAUUUGAUCGCGCUUCUGCCUGCGUGAAGGAGGACGUAACACUGGAGCUGGGAUUGCGGUCACAUUUCCCGUCGCCGCUUGUGAUGGCGAAGAUAGAAUUGGUGUUCAACGACGAGCGCUAUCGUACGGUAAUCUACCAUCAGGCUGAUCUGGAAUCUGGAACUUUGGCUUGCGUGGAUGGGAAGUUUUUCACGUCGUUGGAAUUUACACAUAAGGUGACGAAAGAUCUGCGAGUUCCUCUGCAUGUGCUCGAUGGCCGGCAGAUGUUAUCUAUCCAGGAGGUGCGGUUCUACCUUGGAGGUUCGGAGAACGGCGUGAAGGCCGAUGGUGUCGAGGCGAACGGUGUACAAACAGAGGACGAGUUCUUGAUUUUCAGCCUGCUCGUUGAGCGUGCAUCUGUGGAGCAACGAGAAACACCGCAGCCGUAUCUUGUGAACGGACGUGUGCCUGCUAUGGGCAACGGAUCCGCUUCGCCGAGCUUCUCGAGGAGAAAAUCGAUGUUCUCCCUCGUGGAAGGCCCUCGGCCAGGUCUCGCUGACCCACGUGCAAAGGCCACUUUGACUAUGGUGUCCCGCGAGCCGCUCCUGACAGGAGACUUCCGUGUACUUGCGUUCCAGUUAUCAGCCAACGAGGACACGCUGGAGAACGUCACAUUCCAGGUUGUUUGCGAGCCCCCGCCGGUAUCACCAGCGCCUGGGGAUGCAUUCUUCUUCACAGAGCAGGCUGGAGAGCUGACACCAGUGGCGCUGGAUACGAAUCUACAACCUCGAGACCUCAUUUCGCUGCCUAACAAGGACCCGGAAACCGAAGAAACUCUCCGUGUCAUUGCUGGCGUGGCUGUGGGUUUUGAUGAACGCUUCGAGUUGGUAUGUCACGACCCGUUCGCGAUUCAAGGUGGCCUCAUCCACGACUUCCUCAGCGGAGGAGGUGUACCCGGUGCCGCGCAAAUGCCGAAGGGCUCUUAUGGCUGCGUGGGCAACACGGUAAAUUUCCAGGGCAGCGUCACUUGCACAUCCGGAGAGCCUCUGAAGGUGUUGGCGCUAGAGUUCGAGCCCCGGGAGACGAACAUGGUGGAAGAUCUGGCCAUCUCGGGGUUCGGCCCGGUAUCUUCGGACUCCAACGACACCGCGGAAGAUAUCUGCGCAACGUUCAACGACGGCGACUCGCGGUGUUUCUGUCUGCGGUUAGUGCCGAAGGUGGCUUCUACCUUCAUCACGCUUGGUCGGGUAAAGGUUGUCUGGAGUCGAGAGGCGUCGACGAUUGCGAGUGCCCCCGGUGGCGAGCGGAACGAUGUGGUGAGCACGUGGCUGGAGAUCCCGAUGGUCUCAUUUGUGGACGCCCCGCUCACGUUCAGUGUGGAGACGCCGCCGUUCGGCGUCGAGGGUGUGGUGGUCCACAUGGAUGUUCGCGUAAGGAACAACGAGGCCGUGUUCCACAGCCUGCGCGUGAAGCCCGUGGAUGCAGAGGGCGCGUUCUACAUUUCCGGUCGCACGAACGCCACGGAGGACUUGCUCCCUUUCGACGAGCAAGUGUUCCGGCUGGGCUUGGUGCCAACGAAGACAGGGUACCUGCGGUUGCCCCGCCUAGAGAUCGUGUCGUUGACGUACAACCUGCCGUUCACCAACCCGGACGAGCGCCAAGAGCUGUUUGUGCUGCCCCGCGACAGCCGCAUGAGUCUCUGGUGUCGCUGCCUGUCGCGACGACGCGGCGACCUGCAGAGACGCAUGCUCUUCCAGGAGCAGUUCGAGCGCAUCAAGGCCGUGUACCCGGGCACGAGCUACGUCUGUCUGUUGGAUGGCGACAGCGGAGACAUGAUCGCGCAGUCGGAGACCACGGAGGUCAACACGGACGAGUUCACGCGCACCAUCAUCAACCUCAAGGACGCCGCGCUGCAGUUUGCGGCGACGCUGAACCAGAUUGACCCGCAGGUGGUGCACGUUCGGGGCGCGCAGGGCAUGUUUUCGUGCUACGGGUCGGCGCACAUGAUUCUGGCGUUCUACAGCGAGAUGCCGGGGGUGGACUUAGAGCUGUUCGACUGCUUCGAAGCCGACAGGAACAUCGAGCCGAUCACAGGGGAGCUGCAUCGAAUUUUGGACGCCAACCAGGGCGGCAAACGGCGGUAUCGGCCGGCGUAG